AUGUCUCGUGCGGCAAACAGGAUUAGCGGCAGUAUGGCUUGCCAGACGGUGGUCAACCACGGCUACUACCUGAAGCCCAUGACCGGCAACCCGUACCUGUUCACCCAACACGAUGGCGUCACGACGGCCUACCAGCAGGGCUUCUCCCCCAAGGAUGUCCACUGGCUGUAUCGCUUCCGCUACAACUUGUUACCGCAGGGUAUGUCGGGAGGCUUCUUCACCCGCAACCCCUACGGUCGCUACGUGCACUGGCUGGAGGUGAGCACGAUCGAGAAGAUGCGCCUGCAGAUGUUGUCGUUUGAAUCCGUUCCGUGUUCCGUCGUGAGCAUCUUUGUCGUGCUCUUCACCGCGUGGCACUUGUACCGCCUCGCCUUUCUGCAUCCCGACAUCACCCUCUACAAUUUGGGUCUGUGGCCCACCAAGCCGUGGCUGCAGCAGCAGCGCUUCAACAAGAAGAAAGAGCUCGAUCAAGAGGUGUACCGCUGGGUGUACCGCGUUCCGGAGCUCAUGAUGAACGACCCGAUCCGUGACAUGUACAAGAUGGGCAUCGCCGCCAACGAUCCGGUUCUCGCAAUAGCCAAGGAGCAGGGGGUGGCAAACGAGCUGACCAUGGACCAUGACCAGUACACGUCGACGUCGCCGGACAUUCGCCGCGUCAUCGCCAAGGCCCGCAAGGAAGUUGACCACAGCUCAGAAACGAGUUCGGCGAUGAACUCCAUGAUCGGCGUGUAG